AUGGCAUCUACUUCCAGACAACCACAGGUUGAGCUUAGGCAUGCUUUUGAAGAAGUUGCACCAUAUGCAUCUACUUCUGGUAGAUCCGCAAUGCUUGUGAAAAAGCUGCCCUACGAUGUCUUUAUUAAUCAUCGUGGCCCUGAUGUCAAACACACUCUCGCAGCCACUGUGUAUAACACCCUCACUGGCAUGGGAUUGAGAGUUUUUCUUGAUUCUCAAAAGCUUGAAUUAGGGGAUUUCUUGCCUACAGAAAUAGAAGAUGUUAUGCGCGGUGCUUCGUUCCAUAUAGCUAUAUUUUCCCCGAAUUAUGCACAAUCCCCAUGGUGUUUGGCAGAGCUUUCAUUUAUGCUCAGAACGGGUGUCCAAAUUGUUCCUUUUUUCUACGAUGUUCAGCCUGAUGAUGUCCGAUAUGCAAAAGGAGUCUAUGCUGAUGCAUUUUCUAGGCACAAAAUGAAGGGUAGAUACAGCACAGAAAAGCUGUAG